AGGAUGUGGUACCCACAAAGGGUUCCUUUAUGAAUGGUGCAGAAGGCUGCUGAGUCAGCAGGCGGUGAGGCUUUGAGGCAGCCAGAUUUGGGACCAGAAACGCCUGGCAAGGAAGUGGCUGCUCAGGGCUUCCCCACUGGCUGUCUGGGGGAGGAGGAGGUGGUGGCCAGGAUGCACCCAGGGUGGCGGAGGGUGCAGGGACGGGCAUGGAUGCUGUGGUUCCGAGUGAGGUGUGCUCCACAGAAGGGCAGAGAGGGAUGGCAGGACUGGGCUCUCAGCUAUGCAAACUGGCAAAUGACACAUCUGUCCUGGAAAAACAGCCAAAUGGUGCAGCUUGUCUCCUUGGGGGCUCAGAUUCUUGCUGAUCUGUGGUGGCUGGCAGGGGUAGACACUGGUUAUACAGCUUGAGCAGGAUGUGGCAGGAGCAAUCAGGAAAUGGCUGUGGGACACAGGGAGGAGGUAUGUGCAGCCUGCCCGAAUUGGACACCUCAGCAGAGGCCAGACCAGAAGCAGGGUGUACCCAGGGAAGUUGGGGGCUUCUGGCCCAGCCUGACCUGUGGCCACAGCUCUGCUUCUCACACGGACCUGACUCCAGCCUUUAGGGUCAGCUCUACUCCUGCCUCUUCCAUUUCUGAUCAGCCUCAGUCACUUGGCACACAAGCACUGCACUAGCAAAUGCAUCUCUUGAGUGACACACACCCCCCCGCCCCCGCCAUGCACCAAGCUGCCCUCAAACUCUGCCCUGGGAAUUUCUGCACCAACCCUGCUAGUUUCAUACCUCACACAGAAGCCUCCACAUUCUCUGCCCCAGUGAAGGCCCUUCCUGGUCAACUGGUCAACCCAAGUGCUGUCACUUUUGCCCAGUCCUUCUCAUUUAACCACUGUCAGCCUAAUCUACGGGAAGCUCAGCCCUGACCAUGCCAUUUCUCCAUUCAGGAACACUUGGUGGCUCCUAACUGCUUUUGGUCAGAGUGCACACCUCUAGCUCCUCCCUGAGUCUGGCUGCAGCCUGGUUCCUACUCUCACCACCACCUCCUACCUGGAGCCAAAAUGACUCGUGCACCAGCUUGCUCGAGGGUGGGCCACCUCACCUUACUUGCCACCUGGCUGCCUCCUCCACAGACUUGGACACUCAUGUCUUCAGGGUCAGCGUCAGCCUCCUGGCCCUGCUCCACCCUCCCCCUGCCAGCAGCAUCUUACCAAGAUCGCUCAGCAGGGAGCCCUGGGGCUGAGACAGCCUUUGACUGGAGAGAGCCCAGCUGUCAGCUGCCUCACAGGAAGAUGCUGCAUGCACCAGGCAGCCCCAGCAUGGGUGUGCACGUGGGCACAGCCCUGGGCAUGCUGUGCCUCUGCCUCACAGGAGCCGUGGACGUCCAGGUCCCCGAGGACCCUGUGGUGGCCCUGGUGGGCACCGACGCCACCCUGCGCUGCUCCUUCUCCCCGGAACCCGACUUCAGCCUUGCACAGCUCAACCUCAUCUGGCAGCUGACUGACACCAAGCAGCUGGUGCACAGUUUCGCGGAGGGUUCGACGUGCACAGCGUGCUGCAGGUGGUGCUGGGCGCCAAUGGUACCUACAGCUGCCUGGUGCGCAACCGGGUGCUGCAGCAGGACGCUCACGGCUCAGUCACCAUCACGGGGCAGCCCAUGACGUUUCCUCCAGAGGCCCUGUGGGUGACCGUGGGGCUCUCUGUCUGUCUCAUUGUACUGCUGGUGGCCCUGGCCUUUGUGUGCUGGAGGAAGAUCAAGCAGAGCUGUGAGGAGGAGAACGCGGGGGCUGAGGACCAGGAUGGGGAUGGAGAAGGCUCCAACACAGCCCUGAGGCCUCUGAAACACUCAGAAAGCAAAGAAGAUGAUGGACAAGAAAUCGCCUGACCAGGAGCUGGGACCCUCCCUACCCGGGGGCUCCACCCUCUGGCUGCACUGGGGUCUCAGAGUGAGCCCUGCCCCCGCCCAUGGGUCCAGCUCUGCCCGUCUCUAGAGGAUUCGGUACACAGACCACCCUGCAGCCUCACUUCUCUAAGUGACCCGAUUCCCAAGUCAUCCUGCUGCCUUAUUUCUUGCGGACACAGUACACAGACCACCCUACCGCCUUGUUCCUCCAAGCCACACAGAAACCCUAGCUGCCUUUUUUCUCUCCAAAGGACCUGGCCUUCAACUCACCCCUGCCUUAUUUCUCCAAGACACACUACACUGUCACCUCUUGCCUUGUCUUGCCGGUGGCCCUGAUGCACUAGUUCCCUUUUCUCAGGCUUCUCCUGACCUUCAUAGGAUCCAACUCCUCGGCAGCCUUGAGUCUGGAGGCUGCCUCUUCCAUUCCUCCUCCUCCUGCCCUGUGCCUGGCCUUCCUGCUGCUCACAGGGACACCGGGCACCCUUCCUGCCAGCUGCAUGUUCUGGGCCAUGUAUGACUCUCCUGCCAUCUCCUCCAUGCCACCCGGGCUGCCCCCACAGGAAGCAGGUGCCGGUCACACUGGUUCUCUGGGGUCUUCAGGGGCCAUCUUAGGGGGCAGCUUUUUACCCUACACCUUACCCAGUGCCUAGGGUAGGGGAGAAGCCUGGGGAGAGGGACACAGCCCUGGCCACACUGGAGAAUCAGGAGGUUUCCAGGAGUCUUUCCAGUGUGAGCUGCUGGGCAGCUGGCCAGGACCCUCCAAACCUACCUUUGCGGGCUGGCAGGGCUUUGGGGACAGAGGAGACUGUCUCCCACCAUGGUGCUACUGGGGCCUGGGCGGAUACCUCCUGGCUUGUCCGUGGCCAGCCCCCGCCUUGGAGUCCUGUGUCGGGAUGGCCUCUUUGGCGCCCCAGGAGGGAAGACGUGAAGAUGUCUAAUUUAAAUGUGGGACUUUGUAUGUUGAGGGUGGGUUUGGGGAAAAUAAAUGCUUUUGUCAAAAGUG